GCAGGACGCACCCUGAGAAACAAGGACUUCUACAAUGUCAGCGGCUCUGUGUACUGUAAAGAGGAUUACAUGUUUUCGGGAUUCCAGGCUAAUGCGGAGAAGUGCAGUGUGUGUGGCCAUCUCAUUCUGGAACAGAUCCUGCAGGCUCUGGGGAACUCGUACCACCCCGGCUGUUUCCGCUGUGUGGUGUGCUCCAAGGCUCUGGAUGGGGUCCCCUUCACUGUGGACCACAACAGCAACAUCUACUGCGUGGCAGACUACAACAAGACUUUUGCCCCGAAGUGCGCGGCCUGUUUACAACCCAUCUUACCGACUGAGGGCAGUGAAGAGAUCCUCAGGGUCGUGUCUAUGAACAAGGAUUAUCACUUUGAGUGCUACCACUGCGAGGAGUGUGGUAAGCAGCUCUCUGAUAAGCCCGGCUCGCAGUGCUUCCCUCUGGACUCUCAUCUCCUCUGCCACUCCUGUCACAUGACCAGAGCGUGCGACACACACAACAUUCCCCCUCACAACACACACUGAUCUGUGCAGCUGUGUACGUCUCGAACAAGCUGGUCUUAACAUGCUGUCAUUCUGUAAUGUGCUUUUUGAUCAGUAACGCAUCUUUUCCUGAAGAUCAAACUGCUGAUGUCCAGACAUUUCCACUGAUUCAUUUUAUGGAUCAGACCUUUGCGUCACAUGUACUUCCUGCUGUACUAUUACUGUACCAUAGUUAUAAGGGAACGGGGGGAAAAAAAACUACUGCUUUUUUUUGUUUUGACCCCAAUGUGGCUACUGUUUGCUGUAGAAGAACAAGGGAUUUUGCUAAACUGUUUUGUACAUAUAUUAUCGCUAGCAAACAUUUUGCACUUAAAUUUGACUUUACUGUAAGAUUUGUUACGUGAUUCUGUACAAUUUGGGGAAAAACAUUACUGUAAUUUCUGUAUGUUGUAAUAAAUAUUUUCAUUUGUGUUCAGGUAAUGGUCUACGUGCUCGUAUUGGGUCACACAUUCAUUUUAUUACAACAAACAUUUCUCUCUGUCAAUAAAUGAGUCAAGCAAAAACAUCCACACACAGGCUGAAAACCAAUUUAAAUUUAUUAUGUUUUUAAUUCUCAGUACAUUCAGUACUUGCAAGGAAGGGGGAAAAAAGCAACAAAAUCUUACCAUUCAAAACUAAAAACAUAAAAUUAAAAAUAUUAAAAUUGUAACCAUUACUCUAUUAGAAGGAAAACUAUGUGUACCUCCUCUUUAAAUAUAUUUAUGAUUGAAUGGUCAGAGGAGGGAUUUUCUGACGUCAGUGCAGGGAAUCAGCUUCCUGUAAUUAUUACAGAAUAAACCUCUUAACUAUUUCAUACUCUUCUCUCCUCGGCUGCAUAAACAUCCAUUAAAGACAAACUGGGGCACGUCCUCCAGAACACCACAACAAAUAACAUCUCUUCCUAUCGCACGCGUUGCUAGGUUACAGUGUUGAGACUUCAGUCGCAUCUUCGUGGGAGAUGAAGGUUAUUACUCGCACAAACAUCACCUGCGGUAACACACAACAACCGUCCCAAGGCUGAACAAAAAUUAACAUGAUGUCUAAAACAAUAACAAAACAAAUCCUAGUCGUAAACUUAAAAAAAA